AUCGAUGUGUAUUUUUUUUACAUGCUCACUACAUUGCUGUGAAGUCGCCGCUUUGAAAGCGUUUACGGGGGAAAAAAGUGCAAAAUAAAAAAAAUUAAAUUUUUAAUUAGUGCAAGUGUACAGCUCUAGUGCAAGAAGCAGCAAAUUGAUUUCAAAUCAUGCCCAAGCCGGACAAUAAAAAGCAACGGGUAAAAUAUAAAGAAGAAGACGACGAAGGAUCGGAUAUUGAAGAAAAGGAUUCGGACGAUGCCAUAAAGCAAGAGGUUGAUAGCCAGGACGGUGGCGAGGACAUGGAGGCUGAUAGCGAUGAUGAUGAUGACGACGAUGACGACGACGACGACGACGACGAUGACGACGAUGAUGAUGAUGAUGAUGACGACGAGGACGACGACGAUGACGAUGAUGAUGACAAAACCGAGGACGAAGACACUGCAACCAAUGAUAAAAAGAAAAAACUAACUACUACAGAUAAUAAGAGCAAACAUCAGAAACUGAUACAGCAGCAGCAGCAGCAGCAGCAACAACAACAACAACAACAGCUGCAGUUGCAGCAGCAGCACGCACAACAGGCUCAACAACAGCAGCUAGAUCAGUCUGACGAGGAAGACAACAAUGACGAUGGCAUUACCCAACAGCAGCAGCAAAUGCAGCAACGCCAACAGCAGCAGCAGCCACAACAACAGCAACAGAACAGACAGAGCAACACCAGCGGAGCUGCGGCCGCUGGUGCUGCAUCAGCCGCUGCCGCCGCCACUGCUGAAGAUCGCACAAGUGCUACGAAUCUGAUCAUCAACUAUUUACCACAGGAUAUGACAGAUCGUGAGUUGUACAAUUUGUUCAGCAGUUGCGGUUCCAUCAAUACAUGCAAAAUAAUGCGUGACUACAAGACGGGAUACAGCUUUGGCUACGGCUUCGUUGACUACAACUCGGAGGUGGACUCCGAGGAGGCAAUACAAAAACUUAAUGGAUUUUAUGUGCGCAAUAAGCGCUUAAAGGUAUCUUAUGCACGACCUGGCGGGCAAUCGAUCAAGGACACUAACCUGUACGUGAUCAAUUUAUCCCGCAACAUUAACGAUGAUCAGCUGGAUAGGAUAUUCUCUCCCUAUGGGCUGAUCGUCCAACGUAAUAUUUUGCGGGAUAAACUAACGGGUCGUCCACGAGGCGUUGCAUUUGUACGUUAUAACAAGCGCGAGGAGGCGCAGGAAGCAAUCAAGGCACUAAACAACACAGUGCCGGAGGGCGGCUCCCAGCCGAUUUGGGUGCGCCUGGCUGAGGAGCACGGCAAGGCGAAGGCUGCGCAAUUUAUGUCACAAAUAAGUGGCGGGCCGCAUAUGGGGCAGCAGCAGCAGCCCCUGCCGCAUCACAUGAAUGCCCAUAUGCAGCAGCAGGCGCCGCAUCAUCAGCAGCAGAUGCAUCAUCAACAACAGCAGCACCAUCAGCAGCACCAUCAGCAACACCAUCAGCAACAUCAACAGCAGCAUCAUCAUCAACAUCACAGUUUGCCACCACCGCCGCACCACCACAUGCAACAGUUGCAUCAUCAUCCACACGGAGGUGGCGGCGGGAUCGGUGUCGGUGUCGGCGUCGGUGUCGGUGUCGGUCUCCCACAGCCGAUGCAUGGCGGUGGCGGGGUUGUCGGCGGCGGCGGCGGCGGCGUCGGCGGCUAUCACCACAAUAUGGCACACAGAGCUGCAUCUCACAGGUGAAGUGUUCAUGCUGCCAUUGCCAAUCACUAUAAUGCCAAUGCCCCGACCACAAGCAGAGCGGCUGCAGCUGCAGCUGCAGCGGCAGCA